UUGGGUAUUAGGCUUCCUUAGGAAUGUUACAUUCUGCAAAGUCUGGUUUCAUUUGCUCAAGGGAUACUUCUCUCUAUAUCUUCUUCAUAACAUCAAGUACAUAUUCUGUUUUUCUUGAAGUUCAACCAUAUUAUCAGGAAUAGCAUAGUCCAUGAACUACAUCUAGUUUCAAAAGCUUUCUGAAUUCUGAUGUAUAGCUAGCUAGUAUAUACAGAUAACCUCCACUUAACAUUUACCAAUGGGGAAGACGGGAAGAGGGUCUUCUUGGUUAGAUUUGGUAAAAAAGGCUUUCAGAUCGCCUUCCAAAGAUAACCAGAAAAUUAUCAACAGCAACGACAACAACAACAACAAUAGCAGCAGAAGGGAUGAAUGUGAACUUGAAGAAGAAGAGGAGGAAGAAACUAAGGUUUUUAGUCAUUCCUCAUUAGUUAAUUGAUUAAAUAAGUCCUUAUAUUACUAUCAUUUUACAGUUACAGCGGUUUCAUGCAUCUUUAAGCGAUUUGCAGAAGAGAGGGAAGCGGAGAUGGGUGUCUCGGAAGCUAGCUGGAGUCCAUGAAACAAUUACUGCAGAAAGAAAUGGAAUAAACCCUAUUGCAGGAAAUGCUGAUGAUGGUGAUGAGUCUUGCAGACAAAAGCAGACCGUUGCAAUGGCCAUGGCCACAGCAGCUGCAGCUGAGGCCGUGGCUGCAACCGCACAAGCAGCCGUUGAGAUGAUUCGGCUCACAAGACCUUUCCUUUUGGUCAAACAACAGCAUGCUGCUAUUUCUAUCCAGACAGCUUUCAGGGGAUACCUGGCAAGAAAAGCUCUUGGAGCAUUGAAGGGGGUUGUGAUGCUGCAGGCAGUAGUAAGAGGACAUAACGCCCGAAAGCGGGCGAAAAUGACUCUUAGGUGUAUGCAAUCUCUGGUUAGAGUGCAGACUCAAGUGUGUGAUCGGCGGAGAAGGUUGUCGUGUGAAGGGAGAACGAAUUGGUCACACAGAAGAUCCACUUCAAGAACAGAUCUUGGAGCUUCAGCUUUACAACGUGAAAGGGUGUUUGCCUAUAACUACUCUAAUCAGAUGUGGAGCUCAAGCAAGGACAAAGAAGACACAAGAAGCGAUGAAGAGGUGGAGGCAAAUUGUGACAGGACAGUGAGCAAGGGAUAUGCAAGCAUAAGAAGAGCUUCGUUUGAUCAAAUCAGGACCGUCGAAAUGGACACUGCCCGUCCCUACGCCGUCCAUUCUCCCCGCACACCUGCCGGCAACAUCAAACCCAUCUCCGUCCACUCGCUCAGCCCGCCGCCGCCGCAAUGCAAUAGAGAAUAUCAUGAGAGCGACCACCAUCCGACGCCGGAAACGCCGAGCUCGCUCUCGAGCUACUUCCACCGGGCGAUUGGAAGCCGGACGCCGACGGGUCGGCGGCCGAAUUACAUGGCGGCCACGGCAUCUGCCAUGGCUCGCUCCCAAUCGCCAAGGCAGCAGAGGCCCUUUUCGACCCCUGAUAGGGAGAGUAAUUCUUCUGCCAAGAAACGGCUUUCUUUCCCGGCCCUUCCAUCAGAUCCAUGCGAAGAAGACGACCCAAUAAUCAGUAGUGGGUACUCCUCCGAUUAUAAAACCAUUGCGAGGAACCCCUUCCGCAGGGCUGCCUACGGCUGAUUUGACCCGAUAGGAUAAUCCUAGAUUUUUUUUCCAUAAUUGGGUUUUAGAAGCUUUUAAUUCGGUUUACAUAGAGGGUGAUUGAUUUGUUGUUUUACUUGUUUAGACAUUAAAAUAGUGUGUAGUACGUAUAUGUAUGUUUGAGAAACCAUUUAACUGUAAUUUGUUUUUAAUCUAGCUGCAAAAGUGGAUGACAUUUAGUGGGG